AUAAAGCUCAGUGAGGUAGUGGGGACAGGAAAAGAUGGACGGAUACUGAAGGAGGACAUCCUAAACUACCUGGCCAAGCAGACAGGAGCCAUUCUCCCUCCGACUCCUUCCUUUCAGGAAGUCCAGACUCCAGGCCCCGCCCCCUCCACCACCGCUCCUACUGCCAGGUCCAUAAGCACUCCAGGAGCAACCAGACCCACACCUAAAACCUCCAGACCCAUCUUGACCGGGAAAGARGUGACUGAGCCAAUCAAAGGGUUUCAUAAAGCCAUGGUAAAGACCAUGUCCGCGGCUCUCAAGAUUCCUCACUUUGGUUACUGUGAUGAGGUGGACCUGAGCCGCUUGGUGGUUCUGAGGUCAGAACUUCGGUCUGUCACUGAGGGUCGCGGGGUCAAACUCAGCUACAUGCCCUUCUUCAUCAAGGCUGCGUCUCUCAGUCUCCUUCACUUCCCGAUCUUGAAUUCUGCUGUGGAUGAAGGUUGUCAGAACAUUACCUACAAGGCAUCCCACAACAUUGGCCUGGCAAUGGACACCAUUCAGGGACUGCUGGUUCCCAACGUGAAGAAUGUUCAGCUACUCAGCGUGUUCGAGAUAGCUCAGGAAUUGAACCGUCUGCAGACGCUGGGAGCUGCGGGUCAGCUGGGCACCUCUGAACUGAGUGGGGGAACCUUUACUCUGUCCAACAUUGGAUCAAUUGGAGGGACCUAUGCCAAACCGGUCAUUCUUCCUCCUGAGGUGGCCAUUGGAGCUCUAGGAAAAAUCCAGGUUCUGCCACGGUUCGGUGCUGAUGGGCAGGUGGUCCGAGCUCACAUCAUGAAGGUCAGUUGGUCGGCUGAUCAUCGCAUCAUUGAUGGCGCCACCAUGUGUCGCUUCUCCAACCUGUGGAGGGAGUACCUGGAGAACCCGGCCAGCAUGGUUCUGGACCUGAAWUAGACACUUAUUACCUAUCAGCCCCGGGGAGGACCGCCCCCUGACACCUUCACUUCCUGUUUCUGUUUGAGCCUGCCUUUGGAUGUGUCCUGAGAGGGGGAGGGGCCAAAUCUGUCACUCACUUUGUUUCCCAGACGACCAAAUUCACAGGGUGGAGCCAAAAUCAGGCUGACCUGAACUUUUUGGGUUUUAGAUGUUUGAAAAGUUUUUAAAUUUGAGUUUAUCAGACGAAGAGGCAGGUUGAUCAUCAUCGUCAGCAUCGUCAGCAUCCAUCAGAACAACACGUUUUGCUCCUUCACCUGGAAACAUCAGAAACAUUCCCUCUGGAAAUUCUGAAUCUCUGACGGCUCAACAGGAAGUCCUGAAGAAUCACAAAAAUAUCAAUCAAUUUUAGAUGAUUGAGCCCUGAAGAAGAACCUCCUGGUCUUCCUCCUGGCCGACCCGACGGCUGCUGGGUAAAAAGCACAUGGUGUUAUGUUACCGUUUCUGUUAGCGACACAUAAAAUGUAAACGUUUCAGACGUCUGCUGUGAUGAAGAGGGAGAUGUGAAUUAAACUGAUGAGAUCAAA